GCGAGCUGUGUGUUUAGUAAUUGGAUUGGCUGUUAGUGGAGCGGGAGCGAGCUGUGUGUUAACUGAUUGCAGUGAGUUUGUGACAUGCUGUAAACAUGAGCGUCCAGAGAUUUAUGUGGGUCCUGAGUGCAGCUUCUUUACUAGCUUGCUUGGUUGAUGCUCAGUUCAGCAUUACUACGAUCCCUUUGACACUCACUAGUACUCCAAUCAAUGAAUUCAACUGCAGUUUUGUGAAUAUAACGGAUUGCAUAGCCUGCCCGCCAGGAACUUCUGCCAAUAAUAAUACUGGAGAUUGUUUCUGCUGUUCAAGCGGGUCAUGCACAAAUUCAUCAGACUGCUUAGCUUGUCCUUCUGGUUACUAUCAGCCUAUGAGUGGUCAGCAGUCAUGUCUUCCUUGUCCACAAGGAUUCUACACCAACGAAACACAAAGUUCUUUUUGUAAGUCAUGCCAGGCUGGUUACUAUUCCAAUCAGACUGCGUCUUCUCUUUGCAAAGUAUGUGAAAAAGGUUUUUACUCCUCUCAUCAGAAUGCCACGUCUUGUGAGCCAUGUCCACGUGGGACGUUCUGCAACAUUACCAGUUGUACAGAAUGCACAAUUUGCCCUGCUGGAGAGGAAGCCCUAAGUGUAGGGUCAGGAGAGUGCUCACAAUGUCCCCCAGAGUCCAGACAUAAGCCCCAUAGAAUGUCCAGAAGACGCGUUCUGUCCUGCAGGAAGCUUCGAGCCAAGUUACUGCAUGGAGAUAUUUUUGCAUAAAUCGGGGAACUCGUGUAAACUUGCACCACUUGCCAUUCUACUGUUGGUUAUAUUUACAGCUUUUCUAGUACUUGUUGUAAUUCUUAUAGUCAGAAAACAGAAGCAAAAUUCGGAGAAAAGAAUUGGAAGAGGAAUCAGUCACAAGUCACCACUGCUAGAAGCACAAAGAUCACCACACGCUGCUUACGGAGUCUCGUAUGAUGCUGAGCCUGUGUAUGCCGGAUGGUAGCCUGCAGAAUUAUUUUUUUCUGGUCUGUGACCCGACAUAUUUGUGUAUAUAUUUUUAGAAAGCUUGUGCUUGUUUCAAGAAUUAGGUUUGAUUUGUACAAUUGAUUUUCUCAGUCCUUGUAUAUUUAGAUAUUGUAUACAACCAAAUCUGCUGUGUGUAUGAUUUAUAUAUUAUAUAUAUUAGGAAUGUGCAUUUGGAAUGCGGAAGUAGGCGGCUGCUUGUGAAGUUCAGAUCUUUUUGUGGUCGGAUUGAUUCUAGUGAAAGAUUCCCACACUAAGAUCUGGAUCCUCUUGAAGGAUUUGAGUGCACAUCUCCUAAUAUAUAGUCAAAUUGAUCUGUAUAAUCAUCUUCUGUGAAUGUAAAUGUAAUAACUUUAUUUUAUAUUCGUUACUUUUUUCUAAACAAAUAUAUUUUGAAGAGAAUUUCUUGUGAAUAUUUAAUCAUAGAGUGGAUCCUUAGCCUGACAGAGUGAACAUCUAUGCUCACUACUGCAGUAUGUGAACUUUUUACUACUCUGUUCUGACUUUUUUCUGUUUUUCAAACUGAUCAAUUUACUGUGAUUCCCUGAUAACGGUUCUAGAAAAACAAAUAAAUUAAAUUACUGUGCACCUUUACUGCUUUGAUUAAAAACCUAGAACCUAA